UUGAUGGAGAUAUUAAUAUGUAUCAGUGAACCAAGCAGUCUGACCUUAUUUCCAUAUGCCAUCCAUUAUGCAGUGAUUGCCUUGGCAACAGUUGCCACGGGGCAAGAUGAACAACAACAAAAAAGCACACACAAAAUGAAGCAAGUUUUCCUAUUGGGCCUUAAUAAUUCAGAUUCCAUGCAUGUGCAACACUGCCAGUUUCUGCUAAAUAGUUUAAUAGUCUUUGGUAAGCACUCCUACAAAGGCCGAGGCAGCGUUACCGACCAAUGACAGACGUUUUUAAUCACGUGAUGGGAGAGGUAAAACACACUGCCUGAUGACUUUGAAUUCUGUGACGGCCUACACCCUUGCUGGCUUCAACUAGAUCCAGUGAGCUUUCCAGCGAGGAAGGUUGUGGCUACCAAGCUGUUGCAUGAUGGCAUCCUUUGGACAACUAGUGGGCCUUGUGCUGGUAUUUCAUGGCAUCCUUGCAGUAUCUGCAAAUGAUGAAGCAGAAAUGAACCAAGUGAUCUAUGAAGAGACCUUAGAAACUGGUCUCUACCCUGGCAAUGUGUUUCGCACCAAGGUGUAUCUAUACCCGGGGAUCAAAUGGUUUCGCGUCAACUUACAAGACACCCCAGGCAACCCUGUCUUGAAUCACACUGAAGUGGCCAUAUCAAUACGGGUAAACAUCAACCCUAUGUAUAGCUCCAUCGGUACCAUUGAACGCAACUGGCUUGAUGCCUCUGGAGUUAGCCAGCUAGAUCCACCAGAGAAGGCCAUCUAUGGGGAAUUCCCAUUCUAUGCAGACUAUGUGUUUGAAUUCACCCUGCUGUGCAGUCUCAGCCAUUAUGAGGUUCAAGUGAAUGGAUAUGAUAAGUUCACAUUCCUGCACAGAGCAACAACUGGUACACUGCCCCAAUUUGAUGUGGUGCGAAUCAUGGCCAGUCCUGGCACGGUGGACCUUUGCUGGACUAAGUUUAAUCUGGACCUGCUCCCAGCUCCAACCAGUUCCAGUGAGGUGACCACCAAAUGCAGCCAGCCAGUUCAGAGGAGCUUGUGCGAUGAUCUGGUCUGCUACCUCUUCUCAAAGGAACACAGCAUGUACACUAGCACUGCUAACCCCGUCACUAUGACAGCCAGCCCCAUGACCCUGUCUGAUGAUGUUUAUACUUCCUUGGAGGAAAUGGCAGAACAGUUUUGUUGUUUGGAGGGACUCAUCAAAAAUAUAGACGAUAGAAAAAACAAAGAUAUCCUUCAGUUGGCAGCAGAAAUCAACACUCAACUCUUUGCAUGGGAUGGUAACGCAAGCUGGAGUCAUGUGAAUGAGAUCAGUCCUAGUGGACCAUUGAGCCUUACGGACAGAUUGGAUGACAUAGCACAGGUCCUUGGAAAUCGUCUCCAACUUGGGAAAACAAUUGAGGCAGAGACACCAACAAUCAGUUGUUCUCUGGAAUCCAAUACUCUUGGUGCAUUCAUCCAGAAAGAUUGGACUUUCAAGCCCUUUGGAGAAGAAGAAGAUAUGAUAACUAUCAAGGGAGUUGACCUCACUGAGGUGGGAUUUAAUGACUCUGAAAUAAAGUUCUCCUUGUUUGGAGCAGCUUACACCAAUAUCACAGAUCUCAUCAAUUAUAAUCAGGAAGGCACAGAGGAAUUCAUUGUGGCUGAUGUCAUAUCUGCUACAGUCUUUGGACCUGAAGGACAGCUGGUAGUGCCAGUAACAUUCUCCAGAAGACUUGGUCCAAUUACGGAACAUAAUUCUUCAGAGUCUAGAGCUCCUGUGUGUGUGUUCUGGAAUGUGCAUUUAGAGGGUCAUGUUGCAGGAGGUUGGUCAACCUGGGGUUGUAGCAGGAUCACAGAGGAUGGCAAUCCCUAUGCUGAAGCAUUUGAGGGUGAUUAUGUCACAUGCUACUGCAAUCAUACCACCAACUACGCUAUCUUGAUGCGCAUUGUUCCACUGGAGAAUAAACCAGCAAAGGAAGUCCUAAUAACUAGCCCGUCUAUAAGGACUUUGGUGAUUAAUUCAACUGUUGUGGAAAUCAAACAGGUUUUCAACCAAUCAACCUCCAAGCCAACUGACACUGUGUCCAACGUGUCCAACAAGAUUCUGGAUGUCCUGACCAUAAUUGGUUGCAUCAUAUCCAUAAUGGCUCUGCUCAUGGCUCUUGCAUUCUUCAUUUUCUUUAAGCACAACACCUUGGAUACUGAGCGUAUUCUUAUUCACCGCAAUCUGAUGGGAGCUCUCCUGGUUGCCAUGGUGACAUUUAUGAUUGGUUUGUACCUGACCAAUGAACUGAUACCAUGCAAAAUAGUUGCAGUGUUACAGCAUUAUCUGUACCUGGCUGUGUUUUGUUGGAUGCUAGUGGAGGGCAUUCAUCUGUACCGCCUUAUUGUCACCGUAUAUGGCAGUGAGAAACAAAUGGCCAAGGUCUACUACUGCAUAGGAUGGGUGUUGCCGAUGGUGAUUGUGGCAAUAUCUGCAGGUGUCAAAUGGACAGAUUACGGAGUGCCUGAUCAAGUAUGUUGGUUGAAUCCUGUGAAUGGCUUAAUUUGGGCAUUUGUUGGCCCAGCUUGUGCUAUCAUGCUGGUGAAUUUUGUGGUGUUGGCAUUGGUAAUCAAGACGACAGUGAUGGCCUCCAAGGUGUGCAGUCAGGAUAGUUUGACCAAAGUUAAGACUGGAUUGCGUAGCUCCCUUGUGUUGCUACCCAUGCUUGGAAUCACUUGGACCAUCGGUGUCAUCACUCACAUCCACACUAUCUUUGAGUACAUCUUUGUUAUCAUGAACAGCUUUCAGGGCUUGUGGUUAGUGAUCGUGUGUUGUCUUUUGAAUGGGGAAGUGCGCCACGCCUUCCACCUGUCCAUCAAGAAGCAGCUGGGCAAAUACACAGGGACUGUGGAUGUGACAUCCAGCACAAGCAAUACGGACAAGAAGUCAUCCAGCACAGCACAUGGGCGAAUUACAAAGGGGAAAGGAUCCAGUUUGACGGAUGUGGAUUAGACUUUGACCUAUGGGCUCUUAAAGGUAUCGGUCUGAAACAGACUUGUGAAGGUGAUCGUCAUAAGCAGAGAGUCACAGAAAUAUGAGUAAAUUAUGGCAAGGAUGGGAUAACCCAAUUAAUGAAAUGGAUUGAUGGACAUUAAUGGAAACAGUAUUUGCAAAAAUCCGGUUUAAAUUCUGUGGCCGACAUGUGCACACAUUAAACUGCUUUCUGUUUAAUUAGAUCAUCCAAGUCACCGUUGUAGCCACACAAUCUGCCAGAAACUGGCCAAGAGCAAAAGGAACGUCACAUUUUUGUUUAUGAACUACCCAACUGAUGUUCAGCGUAGUAAGUUCAACAUUUACAUAUUGAGAAAACUGCAUGUUCAUUAUUAGAAAUCACAUUAAAGAUUUCUAUAAACCUCAGCAUGUCACAUGAAACAUCUGUUGAACACAAACCUACAUGUAGUAAGUGUAAAUAGUAACAUAAUGUAAAAGCAAUAAUUUUGAAUUAAAUAAAAAAGCAAAAGUUUAAAGUAAAAGCACUAUACAUGAAUAUUUAUGUAUUUUAUAGUGAGCUUUCUUCGUGUAUAUUGCACAUGACUCUGUACCUUGAUGCUGCCAAUGAUGACCAGUGUGAUAUGCUAUUUUUGUGAACUUUAUGACCCAUUUUAGGUAAUAUGUGUGGUUGUAUGUAAUUUUGUCAGCCUACCGACAUGAAUGCUUGAUAAUUGACCAAUACCUGCUCCUUCAAUUCUUUUACACUGACUUGAGACUUUGAGGUCUUACAUAUACACCAACAGAUCGGUCACAUCAUUAUGGCAUCAGUUUCAGGUCUACGUUAUCCCUAAUAUCAUAUUGCUUUUUGAUAAUCCAGACAAGUGUAUCUGAUUGUAAUUCAACAUGGGAAUGAUAUUUUCUCCUUAUUUGAUAAAUCUCAGUUCCUGUUCCCAUAAUUGACAGAUCACUAUCUUGUACCUUCUUAAGAAAUACACCAAGAUAAAUGUAUAGUAUGAAAUUGUGCUUAUGUAUUACUUUAUUAAAUAGCAGUAUUAGUAGUGCUUGUUGUGGUCAGUGGGCUUACUGUCUUAAGUCAUCUUUCAUAUGCAAUUUCAGGUACAAUCUUUGAAAACCCUUCUUAUAGGAUUUUUAUCACACCAAAGAGUAUUUUUGGCAAGUAGUAAAUUUAUGAUGAGAAACAAAGAAAUACCUAUUUUAAGGUUAUCUUUUAACUUUUCAAUUGUCCAAAUGUAGUUACAUAGUUCAGAAAUUCGGAGAUUAAACUAUACAAAAGCUUUAAUUGCACCAUUUUGCAGUAAAGGGGCGUAGUAAACGUACAACUUUGCAUAAGAUGUGCAGUUGUUAUGUUUUUAUCGGCGUUGGUUUGUUUGUUUGUUUGUUUGUUUGUUGGUUGGUUGGUUGGUUGGUUGGUUGGUUGAUUGUCUGUGAAUAGGUAACAAGUCCAAAAGUUAUGGACGGAUUGUCAUUAAUUGUUUUUAGUUUUCCUAAUGAAAGAAUUGCAAUUUUUACCAUUACUAUAAUGCAAAACGGUUACCAAGUGAUUUAUUGUACACGCACACGUACAAACAGCACGUAUUGUGUGCUAACUUUUUUAAACGUCAAAACUGUCUACAAAUGAGACGCAAAAUUAGUCUUCUAUGAAAAUCACUCCAUUUGGUAUUAAUUUGCAGACCAUGAAAUAAGCAGACUAUUCUUUUUGAGGAGCGCGAUCGCGCAGGUGCUCCUACCGCGCUCCUUAUUUUUUGUUUAAGAGCUUAAAAAAAUAGCGCUCCCAAUAAAUUCAACAGGACUUUCGACAGUGGACUGAACCACAAUCUGAUCUGAAGAAUGUACCAAAAAGGACAAGAUUUUGUUUGUAAUACCUUGUAUAAAACUCACAAUUUAUGCGUCCACAGAAAAAGAAGGGGGGAAAAAACUUAGAAAUCGCCACGGUACCUCAAUUAAUCCCUCCAAAAACGAAACCAUUUAGGUCUAUGCACGUAUAUUUAAGUCGUUAUUCGCCUCUUAAAAGACAUAUUUAUAUAAGCUGAAAUUUCAACGGAACACAAUCAAGCUAUUUGUUUGCUAAUUUCAGUUGGAGAGAUUUACCACCUUUUUUUUUAGAGAACAGUUUUCCUCCCGAAGGGAAUUAUUACAAUUUGAUUUUGACAUGUUCUGCCUACCUCGGCUAAUUCGAUAUCACCGUCACAGCUGGUUUCUUGGUUUGUUUUUGUCGUUUGCCUCCCCAACUUUUUCGAAAGAGUAGCCCCACCCUGAAUGAUGCAAAUUCUUGAAAAGUGUUUGCUAAUGAUGUAGCUCAAUUGUUAAUCUGUCCAAAUGCAAAGUAGAAACAUAAAAUCAUCAAAUUAAACCAUUUCUUUUUGCGCGCUGAGCCGCCACGUAAAAAAUUACCCCAAUGCUUAGAAAAAAUGAAGUUUGAACUUGUUAAGGUAGAUUUUCAGUGAUUGUACCUAAAAUGCAAGUUCCCUAUUGGGCUUCAUAAGCCCACUUAUAAGUUAUAUUACUUUUGUCAGUGUGGUUAUCGUUGUGCAUUAAUCUUGGUAUUUGAAAAGAAUUUGAAAUUUGGUGUGACAGUUUAUUUUGAAGUGUGCAGUUAUUAAAUAUUAUCUUGAAUCAGACUAGAUAA